AUGGUGCAAGCACUUAUAUGCUUGUUCAGCAAACGCGAGGAUCUUACCUUCAACGAGUUCAGAGAAGCUAUGGAAACUCGAUUUGUCCCGCUACUGGAAAAGCUCACUGGUCCUCUGUUUCCACUCACAUAUUCACGACGCUACAUCGCCGCAGACGGCAACGCAAGAGAAAGACAUAGGUCGGGCCCAUUGGGGCUUCCCUCAUUGAUAGUUGGCGAGGCAGAAUCAAUAACCUGGGACGCUCUAAUCGAAGCGACAUUCGAGGAUGAUUUGCACCUGCAACAGUUCAUGUCAUUCAUCAACGAAUCUGAAGCGGCGGAAGAGCUGAUGGAGUGCGAGUCCAGCUUCUCGGAUAGUGGCAGACUUCGCAUCAUCGUAAUGGAGAACAACGUGUCCGCGUGA